UACAUAUAACAUAUACAUACAUACACAUCAACCUUCUUCCUCCUCUAUCUCGCAUAAAACCGAACCACCACCGUGAACCUACCUAGACCACACAUCGCCAACCAUGUUUCGAGUCCGCCGCAAACCGACUUGAUUGCGCCACCCUAUACCACUGAGGGCUCGACGGGGCUUGAACGAUGCCGUGUCUUCAACCGUCACACACACACACACCAAUACCGCCACUUUGAACCGCCAUACGGACCACCAUAGCGACUUACGUCUUCCGCAUCACAACGCUCGUUGUUUCGAUCUAUGAGGUUGGCAUAAUUAUUGAGGACAACUCGAUUUGGAUUUGUGCUUUGCUUGCUAAGACAAGGUAAUCAGGGAUAAUAUGGGGAAUCAGAAAUGAGAGGUUAAUGGAUGUUCAAGAGUAUCUAAAGACUCUUUAUUUUGUUAAAUCAUGUACUUUUAAAUGAACUUAAGACUUAGGGUAUGUUGAGACGUGUAUGUUACCUUGAAUCCUAUCUUAUAUUAAGUGGAUGUGUUUUGGUUAUGAUAUUCGUAAUAGUGACGCUCCGACCUGCCCCGGGUUGGGGUGUUACAGUUAUGGUAUCAGAGCCAAGUCUCUUUCCUGUAGAUAACUUAAACCUUAAUAACAAAACACGUGAGGUAAUGGGUAGACGACGGGUUAGGAUUCCUCUUAGCCAUUUUGCGCUUAAUGUAAAAUCUCAAUGCUCAUUCGAAAGUCGUGUUUUCAGAUGGCUCCUAAAAGACGUGUGAACACUCGUCGUAGUGGGACUAAUACCUCAGAAGACACUCCUCUUGAGGCUCUUGUUGCUAACGCCAUCAAUACAGCUAUUGCGGGUUUAGUUCCUAACUUAUUACAGCAGUUACAACAAAUGAAUCAUGGAGGUAAUCAUAACAGACCACCACCACGAGGUAACCACAAUGGACCACCACCAGGAGGUAACCACGACAUGCCACCUCCCGGAAAUAAUGUUAACCCUCCUGUUAGCAUCCAUCAAUGGCUUGCACACUUCCAAAAACAAAAGCCAAAAUCAUUUAGUACUGCUACUACACCAACUGAGGCGGAAAACUGGAUCGCUCAUAUCGAGAAAUUGUUUGAAGUAUUGGGCAUUGAUGAUGUGUUCAAAGUUAGGCUUGCUACUUAUAAAUUGGAGGAAGAUGCUCAUAGGUGGUAGAAGAUUUUGAAAAGUUCUCGUGGAGGAAACAAUUACGCAGCUACACUCUCAUGGGAUGAGUUUCGCUCAUUGUUCUAUCAGCAGUAUUUCACUGAUGCUGAUCGUAGUGAAUAUCUAAGAGAAUAUUCAUCCAUCAUGCAGAGAAAUGAUGAGCCUAUCAUGGAAUUUAAGAACCGUUUCUGUCGCUUGGUUAGUUUUCUAGGCCCUGCCGCUGGCACGAUAGAGCAGCGGACGAACACUUUCAAUUGGGCUAUAUGUGACCGGGAUAGGAAGUUUAUCCUGAAUCUUUGUUUCAAUGACAUUAAUGAGAUUGUUGACGCGGUUAAGAACUUGGAUAAUGAUAUGAAGCAUCGUCAGAAGGCGUUUGAUGAUAACCUCAAACGCCCAAGGGAAAAUAAUCAGGAUCACUCUUCUUUUCGUGCUGGAAACGAUCAGUCCUUGGCACCCCGAGACCGUAAACAUCGUCCUGAUAAGAAUUUCAACAAUCAGUCACGAAAUGGAGGAAAUCGAAAUCAAAAUCAUAGGCCCGCGCAGAACCAGGCACAACAAAAUCAGGCCUCCAUUAGAGCACAACAACCGAAUCGUGAUCCUCCUUGUGCCACUUGCGGGAAACCUCACAAAGGUAUUUGUCGUCGAGCUGAAGGCCUUUGUUUUAAAUGUGGAGAUGCGGGACACAUGAUUAAAGCUUGCCCUCAGCUUGCCCCUAAAGCCAAUACCGGGGGUAAUGCUAGACCUACUGUGGGAGGACGUGUGUUCGCGCUGACAGCUGAUGACGCAGCAAAUGCCCUAGGUACGGUUUCCGGUUAUUUACGCAUUGGUGAACGUGAUAUCUAUGCCUUGUUUGAUACUGGUGUAACACAUUCUGUGGUAUCUCUCUUAUUUGCUAAGCACUUGAUGACUAUGCCUACUACUUUAGAAUACCCUUUAGUGAUAUCUACUCCCUUAAGAAAUUCUACUAUCAUCUCUCAUGUUUAUCGAGAUUGUCCGAUCCAAAUCGCGUCCAUUAUUCGUCCCGCAAAUUUGUAUCCCAUUCAGAUGAAUGACUUCGAUGUUAUUCUUGGCAUGGACUGGCUCUCUUGGCAUAACGUCUCGAUUGAAUGUCAGACUCGCCGCUUUCUUUUUGGAAAUCCUCAGCGUCCUGAAUUCAUUUAUCAAGGGACUCAACCUCGUAAGCCAUUGAAAAUAAUCUCUGCAUUUAAGGCCCAAAAGUUUCUUUCACACGGGUGUGUAGCAUUCCUUGCUUCGAUAAAAGCUACGUCAUCGAAUGAGCCCAACAUCUCUGAUUAUCCAAUUGUCCGUCAGUUUCCGGAUGUAUUUCCUGAAGAGCUUCCUGGACUCCCACCAGAUCGCGAAGUGGAGUUCACUAUUGAUCUGAUUCCUGGUGCCGAGUCGAUUUCUAAAGCAUUGUACCGCAUGGCGCCUCUAGAGCUCAAGGAGCAGUUGCAAGAGUUGUUGGAACUUGGUUUUAUUAGACCAAGUGUCUCGCCUUAG